AAAAAAAAAAAAAAAUAUUUUUUUUUUCGAGCUUUAAAAAAAAAAAAUAAUUUAUAAAGAAAAAAAACCACUUAUUAAACCUUUUCAUAAUUUUUGAGUCUGAAAUAAAAAAAUAAACGCGUAAAAAAAACGAGAAAAUAAUACGCUACUAUUUCUUACUACCAUUCUACUACUACUUUUUUUCUUCUAAUAAUAAUAAUUAAAAAUGUUCAAGAAAAGGUCUUCGUCGAUGGGUGUAUCCUCAUUGGGUUUACCACGAACUCUUUCGUUACAAGAAACUUUUCACAAGAAACGAAAAGGAAGUUGGGCGAACAGACUUCAAAGUAUUACUACAAUACCGAUGGAUAAAUAUUUAACGAAUGAAGGACAUCAAUUGGUAUCAUCAUAUUUAAGAUUAACUCAAAUACAAAAUCAUAUAAUAAAAGGAACAUUACAUAAAAUAACUGAAAAAGAUGUUGAUGAUUUAAUUAAAAGUUAUGAUGGUGUUGCUACUCCAGUUUUUGAAACUUUAUCAUAUUUAGAUUUAAACUUAUCUUAUAAUGAAUGUAAAAUAUUAUCAAGAUUAUUAAAGGCUGAUAAAAUUACGAAUGUACGUAAUUUAAGAUUAGGGAGAAAUCAUUUAUUCGGUUCUUCUGUUAAAGUUAUUUUGGAUUCUUUACAAAAAAAUACUACCGUUGAAAUAUUGGAUUUAUCUUGUAAUCAUUUAACUGAUAAUGAAGCAAAAUAUUUGGGAAAAUUAUUGAAAAAAAAUAAUAAUAUAAAACAAGUUUAUUUGGCUUUUAAUCGUAUAGGUUCUGAUGGUGCAAAAAGUAUUUCAAAGGCUUUAAUGAUAAAUAAUUCCGUUGAAAGGUUAAGUUUAGAAUCAAAUCAAUUAAAUGCUAUAGGAGGUAAACAUAUUGCUGAUAUGUUGAAAGUUAAUAAUAAUUUAAAAUAUAUUCAUUUGGGUAGUAAUAAUUUACAAAGAGAAGGAGUUCGUGAUAUUUCUGAUUCUCUUAAAACUAAUGUUUCUUUAACUAGUUUAAGUCUUGAUAUAAAUAAUAUGUCAGCUGAAGGUGCUAAAUAUUUGGCUGAUUCUUUAGAAAUUAAUCAAACUUUAACUCAUCUUUAUAUACCAAGAAACAAUAUUGAAGAUGAUGGGUUAAAAUAUAUUUCUAAUUCAUUACUAAAAAAUUCUGUUUUAAUUUAUAUCGAUCUCGAAUUUAAUAGUAUUGGAACAAAUGAAAAUAUUGAAGGUUCUAAAGCAUUGGGUGAAUUAUUAGAAAAUCAUAAUAUACCAAGAGCUAUUAAUCUAUCUCAAAAUACUAUUGGUAAUGAAGGUUGUAAAGAGAUAUUUAAAGGUUUUCAUAAAAAUACUUCCUUGGAAUCCAUCAUUCUUUCUCAAUGUAGUAUAGGUUUGGAUGGUAUAGAAGCUAUAGCUGAAUCUUUAAGAUUAAAUAUUGGUUUACAAAAUAUUUCUCUUAAUAAGAAUUCUAAUAUGGGUGUUGAUGGUCAUUUAAUGUUAGCUAAUGCUUUAGAAUUUAAUACUUCUUUAAAAGGCGUACAAUUGGAUUAUAAUUUUGCUGAAUGGGAAUCCAUCAGUAAUUCCAUACAAAAAUCUCUUACUCGUAAUCAUCUCUUACAAAAAGAAAAAUACAAUACUGCUUGUAAUAUUCUUAAAGCAUCAAGAAUUUUAUUAAAUCCUAUUUUACAACAACAAUUACCAAUUUCUUCUUGUUCAACUUCUCCCUUAAUUUCCCCUAUAACGUCUCCUAUGAUGUCUCCUAUGAUGUCGCCUUUAAUGAAUACUCCUUUCUUGGCUCCUUUAACCUCCCCAUUGAUUUCUCCUCCUCCUUCUCCUAAAAGGCAAUCUAUAAAACAAUCAAAAAAAUCAAAAAAGAAAAUAUUUACCAAAUUGCCUUUUGAAAUACAAGAACAUAUAAUUUCUUAUUUAGAUACAAAGCAUGUUUUAACUGGUGAUCAAAUUUUAGAUAUUGUUAAUUAUGCUAUGAAAAAAUCUACUUUGGGUUCUACCAAGGAACAAUUUUUAACUAAAGCUCUUACCGCUUAUUAUCCUUUAACAUCUGAUAUUAGGCUUUGGCCUACUGAAUCUACCGAUCGAGAAUUUUCCUCCUCUGAUCGUAUCUAAAUUAUAUAUAUAUAUAUAGUUAGUACUCUUAAUUUAAAUUUCUUGUAUAAUAGUUUUUUAUAUUUAUUAUAUUAAAUUUGAAAUGUUGUUAUAAGUUGUAUCCUGAGAUGAUGGUUUUGAAAAAGAUGGUUUAAUUUAUAUUAAAAACAUUUUAGUAAUGUUAUAUUUUAUAUUUAUCAUAUUUUCUUUUUUUUUUUAUCUGUAAAUUAUUCAUUAUUUAUUUAUUUUCAAAUG